AUCUCAGAGGCAAAAGGAUGGAGAUUACAACUUUUUUCCUGUUACAUAUCUCUAAAACAGGAUGCAUACUAUCUCAGAGGCAAAAGGAUGGAGAUUACAACUUUUUUCCUGUUACAUAUCUCUAAAACAGGAUGCAUACUAUCUCAGAGACAAAAGGAUGGAGAUUACAACUUUUUUCCUGUUACAUAUCUCUAAAACAGGAUGCAUACUAUCUCAGAGGCAAAAGGAUGGAGAUUACAACUUUUUUCCUGUUACAUAUCUCUAAACAGGAUGCAUGCUAUCUCAGAGGCAAAAGGAUGGAGAUUACAACUUUUUUUCCUUCUGCAAAUCUCUAAACAGGAUGUCCUGCAGCCAUACUAUCUUGACUGUUGGUCAUUUUGAUAGAAAUUAUCAUAAUCGGGUGACGAGUUCCUAUAACGAAGCUUGAUAUAUUCGAGAAGGAAAUUGAUAGGGGUCUCCUAACGAUAAAGUUGUCUUUAUCAUCAUCAUCGGGUAACGAGUUCCUAUAACGAAGCUUGAUAUAUUCGAAAAGGAAAUGAGAGAAGGAAAUUGAUAGGGGUCUCCUAAGGAUAAAGUUUGCUUAUCCAAAAGGAAAUAUCCUACACAAUCCUGUUUUUUUGCAUGGUGGGGGAUAUAAAAUGAGAAUUUUUGGCAAAUCUUCUUCAUUGUGCUACGAGCUCUUCAUUGUGCUACAAGUCAUCUAGUUAUGUCGAACUUAUUCGUAGAACUUCAGGAGCUCCUCGAUAUGGAGGCCUUGUCCGAGACUCCAGCCCCAGCUGCAGCUGCGCCCUCCCCUCUGGUGGCUGAACUGCUGCCAGCAACACCCCCACCAGUUUCAGAGGCUCCGCUAGAGAUGCUGGUGGUGGAGGCAGUCGACGUGGAUGAGGAAAUGCUUGCUGAGAUCAAUGCAGUGGGCAUGGAGCAGUGGUUGAGGUGCUGCCUGCCGCUAGCAGCCUCCCCACCACUGGAGGGAGCAGCCUCCCCGCUGCUGGAGGGAGCAGCCUCCCCGGAGGGAGCAGUGCCGCCAGCCGCCUCCCCACCACUGGAGGGAGCAGCCUCCCCGCUGCUGGAGGGAGCAGCCUCCCCGGAGGGAGCAGUGCCGCCAGCCGCCUCCCCACCACUGGAGGGAGCAGCCUCCCCGCUGCUGGAGGGAGCAGCAGCCUCCCCGCCGCUGUUGGGGGAGGGGGAGGAGGAGAGGCGAUUUGGAGUGGGGGAUAUGAAUAGAGCAGGUUCUCCCAUCCAGAGGGGAGUUGAGAGGGAGGGAGGCUUUGGUCGAGGACGACCUUCCCACGCGUUGUUGAGACGACAACGUAGGAGGGUCGUCCACAGAUUGAGGACGAUAGCCCCCUUCCCCCCAACUCCUGUUCGAUACAUGGGUUGUCAAGAAAUAUUAUCACGAAUAUUCAACCAGACCGGUUUAAUAUUCGUUAUAACAUUAAUGGUGAUCGAGCAGGACCUGCUCAAUUAUAACCCUCCCACUCCAGAGCACCGGAGGUCUCUGGGUGUCUUCGGGAGGAUAGUGGGGGUGAUACGAGUAGCGGCUCAGCAUGAGCUUAUCACCCCCCUCCUCAUGCGCGUAACCAGACGGCCAGCUCUAGAUCAGAGUAUUGAAGAUCUAACAAUACACUAUCCAUUCCUUGAUCUAGAGCUGGCCAUGCUCAUUGUACAACAAGAGAGGCACCAGAGACUCCGGGUGCGACGUACCUGUAUGGAGAGUAUUUUUGAAUUUUUGGGGCUGUAAACAAAAAUACUCUCCAUACAGGUAUGUAGUGUUGUAUUUUUGUUUUUCUUGUUAUUGUUUUAUUCAUUUUUAUAUUGCAGAAAUU